AUGAACCACGUGACCACCCGCGGCAAGAUCAGAGCGUGUCGCAACGCUUUCUCCACGGCUCUGCAUCUAUUUAUACAGUGUCCCACAGAUGUCACCGUAGAAGAUCAUCACCACGAGAAGCACGAUCCCCUCCACUUUAAGCAGGAAGAGGAUUCCGAGAUGCCGUACAUCAAACAGGAGGCAGAGUCAGAGAACCCCGACAUGAAAGAAGAAGACCAGGAAGUUGGAAUCCCCAAAUUUCCAAUGGGUGUCGGUGUGAAGAGCGAAGAAGACGAAGGACCAAGCGAAGAGAGCCGAGCAGCGAACCCUUUGAGCGACAGCUCAUUUCAGCACGUGACAACAAAAGGAGAUCAACCGGACAGCCUCUCAGCUCCGCUUUCGGACAGCGACGACAUAACGUCACAUUCUUCUGACUUUAAUAAUGAUGAAGAGGAGGAUGACUUUGACCAAAAUGCUUCAAAAUCUUCAAACAAGUCAUCAUUGAAAAGAGACAAACAGCAAUGUGCGGUUGGGAAACCAUUCACCUGCACACUUUGUGGUAAAAGAUUUCCUCGGAAUUCUUCUUUAAAUAGACAUAAGCUCAUACACACUGGAGAGAAGCCUUUUGCCUGCACACUUUGCGAUAAGAGAUUCAUCGAUAAGGAACGUUUAAACAAACACACAAGAACACACACUGGAGAGAAGCCUUUUGUCUGCUCACUUUGUGGUAAAAGAUUCACUGAGAAGACGAAUUUAGAAAGGCAUAAGCGUACACACACCGGAGAAAAGCCUUUUGUCUGCUCACUUUGUGGUAAAAGAUUCUCCGAUAAGAAAGGUUUAAAUAGACACACAAAAAGACACAUUGAAGAGAAGCCUUUCGCCUGCACACUUUGUGGUAAAAGAUUUUCUUGGAAUUCUUCUUUAAAUAGACAUAAGCUCAUACACACUGGAGAGAAGCCUUUUGCCUGCACACUUUGCGAUAAGAGAUUCAUCGAUAAGGAACGUUUAAACAAACACACAAGAACACACACUGGAGAGAAGCCUUUUGUCUGCUCACUUUGUGGUAAAAGAUUCACUAAGAAGACUAAUUUAGAAAGGCAUAAGCGUACACACACUGAAGAAAAGCCUUUUGUCUGCUCACUUUGUGGUAAAAGAUUCACUGAGAAGACUCAUUUAGAAAGGCAUAAGCGUACACACACUGGAGAAAAGCCUUUUGCCUGCACUCUUUGCGGCCCCCUACGUGAAGACUCAGCGUCUGGGGAAGGUUACCCGUCAAUAUAA